GGAGCCUGGUGUCAAGAAACAUGGCAGGCAAGCGCCUUUCAUCCCUUGCAGGAACUGCUGGGACUCUGGGGUUUAAACCCAGCUCAACCAGAAAACAGGCUGCUUUUCCAGGUCCCACAAGCCCCUAUGGGUCCAGCAAUGUGCCACCGGGUUCUUCUGAACAGAAGAAGGGAAAGUUCCCGAUCUGGCCAGAGUGGAGCGAGGCGGACAUAAAUGCUGAAAAGUGGGAUGCAGGCAAAGGCGGGAAGGAGAAGGACAAGACCGCUAAGAGCCCCAUCUUUCACUUUUUCGAAGACCCUGAGGGAAAGAUUGAAUUACCACAGUCGUUGAAAGUAUUCUCCUGGAAACGUCCGCAAGAUUUUAUAUUUAGCAGAACUCCUGUAGUUGUGAAAAAUGAAAUCACAUUUGACUUAUUUUCACCAAAUGAACAUUUACUCUGCAGUGAGCUUAUGAGAUGGAUCAUCAGCGAAAUCUAUGCUGUGUGGAAGAUAUUCAAUGGUGGGAUUCUGAGCAAUUACCAUAAGGGAAAUUUGGGGGAGCUUCCUAUUCUGCCCUGGAAACCCUGGGAACACAUAUACUCUCUCUGCAAGGCCGUGAAGGGUCACGUGCCUUUGUUCAACAGCUACGGGAAGUAUGUCGUCAAGCUUUACUGGAUGGGUUGUUGGAGAAAGAUAACUGUGGAUGAUUUCCUGCCAUUUGAUGAGGAGAACAAUCUCUUGCUUCCAGCUACAUCCUAUGAAUUUGAACUCUGGCCAAUGCUACUGUCGAAAGCUAUCAUUAAGCUGGCAAAUGUUGACAUCCAUGCAGCACACAGGAGAGAGCUAGGAGAACUCACAGUAAUCCAUGCUCUGACCGGGUGGUUGCCUGAAGUCAUCCCUCUUCACCCAGCAUAUGUGGACAGAGUUUGGGAGCUCUUGAAGGAAAUACUGCCUGAGUUUAAGCUCACAGAAGAGCCCAGUUCUGAAAGCAAAAUCACAACGAUAGACAACAAACUGAAGGAAUCCACGAAAGAGAACAAGGAUGGCAAGAACGGCAAGGACCUCAAAGACGGCAAAGACAUGAAAGAUGGCAAGGAUGGAAAGGACGGGAAGGAUGGCAAGGACGGGAAGGAUGGCAAGGAUGGCAAGGAUGGGAAGGACAGCAAGGAUGGCAAGGACAGCAAGGACGGCAAGGACGGCAAGGAUGGCAAGGACAGCAAGGACUUCAAGUCGGAAAUCUCCCUUACAAACAUGAAGGUUCCUGAGAAGGGCGACAGAGCUGCAAAGGAGAAAGCAGAUGCAAGAGACCUUGCGAAGAAGAAUAAGAAGGAUGGAGAGAAGGAGAAGGAAAAAUUCAAAUUUUCACUCCAUGGUUCGAGACCCUCAUCAGAUGUUCAGUACUCUAUGCAGUCCUUGUCAGAGUGUUCCUCGGCAAUACAGUCCCCUCACAUGGUUGUAUAUGCCACCUUUACACCACUCUAUUUGUUUGAAAACAAAAUCUUUACAUUAGAGAAGAUGGCGAAUUCUGCGGAGAAGCUUAGGGAGUAUGGUCUUUCUCACAUCUGUAGCCAUCCUGUGCUGGUGACCAGAAGUAGGUCUUGCCCUCUUGUGCCACCCCCCAAACCUCCUCCCUUACCUGCCUGGAAACUCAUUCGCCAUAAAAAGGAAACAGUGAUAACCGAUGAAGCUCAAGAUGCUGUCCCGAAGAAGCCUGAGCAGUUCCUUGAGAUUUCAAGUCCAUUUUUGAAUUAUAGAAUGACUCCAUUUUCGAUUCCAACAGAAACACAUUUUGUCCAAUCUGUCAUUAAGAAAGGAACACCGCUGGGAUCCAGUCUUCCUCCCCUCGUGGAAAAUGAUUUAGUUGCAAGUACCAGCCAAGGGGAAAUGAGCAUAGUAAAUGGAAACCAGUCUCAGGGCAAUAUUGCAUUGCAAAUUGUACUUGGAAAAGAUGAACCUUCAGAGCCUGCAUUGGCGGACUUCCACCAACUUGAGGCUACUAGUUUGGACAGGGAUUUGAUCAGCCUGACUACAGCGACACUGGACAAGUCACAGGAAGAGUUAGCAAUAAACGAAGGGGUUGCCAAAGAAAUAUGGCUAGACUUCGAAGACUUUUGUGUGUGCUUUCACCAUAUAUAUAUUUUCCACAAGCCAACUUCUUAUUGUCUUAAUUUUCAAAAAUCAGAAUUCAAGUUUGUGGAAGAGCGUGUGCCUUACUAUCUAUUUGUGGACAGCCUGAAGCCUAUAGAACUACUGGUUUGCUUUUCCGCUUUGGUGCGCUGGGGGGAAUCUGGAGCCUUAACAAAAGAUAGCCCUCAGGUAGAGCCUGGACUCCUGACAGCUGAAGCCAUCACCUGGAAAUCCCUGAAGCCUCUUAGUGUUGUUCUGAGGAUUCACACCUAUGCAACGAAGGCCAGCAUGGUGCGCCUGCCUGCCGGGAGGCAUAUGCUGCUCUUCAAUGCGUAUUCCCCUGUGGGCCAUGCCGUACAUGUCUGCAGCAUGACAACAUUUGUCAUUGGGGAUGAAGAUAUUGUACUGCCCAACUUUGAGCCGGAGAGCUACCGAUUUACAGAACAGUCUAUAAUAAUUAUGAAAGCUAUUGGCAACGUGAUUGCUAAUUUCAAAGACAAAGGUAAAUUGCCUGCAGCUCUGAGGGAUCUGCAAGCAGCUCACUACCCUAUACCCCUCAACAACAAAGAACUCACUGCUCAACACUUCCGGGUUUUCCAUAUAUCAUUGUGGCGUUUAAUGAAAAAGUCUCAAGUAGCCAAGCCUCCUUCAAACUUCAAGUUUGCAUUUCGGGCUAUGGUUUUUGACACGGACUUAUUGGAUUCUUUCUCAGAGGAUGUUUCUUUAGCGGAAUGGGUCGACCUUAAAUAUUCUAUGCCAGUAAAUGAGAAGGAGUAUACUUCCGAGGAAAUAGCUGCUGCGGUGAAAAUUCAAUCCAUGUGGAAAGGGUGCUAUGUCAGACUGCUCAUGAAAGCUAGAAAGCCAGAAACAAAGGAAAAUGUCAUCGUUGCAGAUACACUUCAGAAAAUUUGGGCAGUAUUGGAGAUGAAUUUGGAGCAAUAUGCAUUGUCUCUCUUAAGACUAAUGUUUAAAAGCAAGUGUAAGUCUAUGGAAUCCUACCCAUGCUAUCAAGAUGAAGAAACCAAGUUGGCCUUUGCUGACCACACUGUGAACUAUGCAGACCAGCCACCAAAUUCUUGGUUUAUAGUAUUCAGAGAAAUAUUUUUGGUUCCUCAAGAUAUGAUCAUACUUCCGAAAGUGUACACUACGCUCCCGAUCUGUAUGUUGCAUGUCAUUAACAAUGACACAUUGGAGCAGGUGCCAAAGGUGUUCCAGAAAGUGGUGCCUCACCUUUACACCAAGAACAAGAAGGGAUACACAUUUGUGGCUGAAGCGUAUACUGGUGACACAUUCGUAUCAGGAGCACGAUGGAAACUGAGGCUCAUCGGCUCUUAUAACCCGCUCCCGUUUCUCUCCCGUGACUCACCAUGCAACACCUUCUCCAUAAAGGAAAUCAGAGACUACUACAUUCCUAACGACAGGAAGAUCCUGUUCAGGUACUCCAUUAAAGUGACGGUGGCACAGUCUAUUACAAUCCAGGUCCGCACAUCCAAACCCGACACCUUCAUCAAGCUGCAGGUGCUGGAAAGUGAGGAGGUUAUCACCAGCACCGUGGGCAAAGGGCAAGCUGUCAUCCCCGCCUUCUACUUCCUUGGAAAUGAAAAAGCCCUGAGCUCCCAGUCUAGCAAGCAAGUUCUCUUAUCUCACCCCUCACCUAAGAAAGACCCAGAAGUGCUGACCAAGAAAAAGUCUGGCCAACCAGGUCAGAAAUCCUUCAAAGGAAGACCUGGAGGUGGACUAACAGACACAGGAAUGCCCCUGCUGGAAGAAGAAAUUUUGAACAUACCCACUAUAGAAGAAAAUUCUAGCACGCCACAACAGGCCAAGCAGUCCCAGUUUUCCCGUGGAGGCCACGUUGAAGGAAACCAGAUGCCUAAGUGCUAUAAGUACAUCAUACAGUGCCUGGUGUUGUUUAACAGCUGGCCUCUAAACGAAACUCAGCUGACAUUUGUUCAAGCACUAAAAGACAUGGAGAAAAUGGAUAUCAAAGCUCAAGUAGAGAAACAUGAAGAACCAGCUCCCAUGGGAAGCCCAGAUUUCCAUGCAGUCAGUGAAGGGCAGAAAUCUGUAGGAAUGCCCAAAACAACCCGGAAAGGCAAGGAGAAGUCUGCCGAGAAAGAAAAGUUAGCUAAGGAAAAGCAAGCUCCUCGAUUUGAACCUCAGCAAGUACAAAUGCCUACUGCUGUUCACUCUCAGCAAGAAGAUCCAAACAAACCCUACUGGAUCUUGAGGCUGGUCUCUGAACACACCGACUCAGACUAUGUUGACGUAAAAAAGGACACAGAACGAGCAGAUGAAAUACGGGCCAUGAAGCAAGCUUGGGAGACGACUGAACCGGGGAGGGCCAUCAAGGCUGCUCAGGCCCGUUUGAAGUACCUGACCCAAUUCAUUAAGAAGCCAGCCACCACCGAUACCACCACCUCUGUCCCGAGCCCUGAGACUUUGUCUGUGAGUCAGAGCCAAACUAAAUCCUCAGAGGAAGGAGAACUAGGUACUGGGAAAGAUGCAGACAUCAAAGAACUGCCACCAGCCGCAGCAGGAAGUGUGCUGUGGAAGAAGUGGCAACUGACCAAGACCAUCACCUCUCUGACAAAAUUUGCAAGCAAUGAGAAUGUACCGAAGGAAGAGCCACCACGGAAGGAGAUCCCUGUGGUUCGACAACGAUCUCCGACAAUUUUGGAAACAUCUCCACAACAAAUUCGUAAAGCACUAGAGUUUUUGGAUUUCAGUCAUUAUGUACGGAAAACAACUGCGGAGGCCGUGCUGCAGACAGAGGAACUGAAUAAGCAGCAAGCAAUGCAGAAGGCAGAAGAAGUCCACCAGUUCCGGCAGUACCGCUCCCGUAUCCUCAGCAUCAGAGACAUUGAUCAAGAAGAACGUUUUAAGCAAAAGGAUGAGGUUCUGGAAAUGUACGGAGAGAUGCGGGACUCUGUAGAUGAAGCCCGGCAGAAGAUCCUUGAUAUCCGGGAAGAAUACCGAAACAAGUUGCUGGAGGCGGAGCGCUUGAGGAUGGAGGCCUUGGCAGCUCAGGAAGCUGCAGUGAAGAUAGAGGUAGAGAAGAAGUCUCCAGCUUCUGACUCACAGAAGAAGAAGAAAGGAGGAAAGAAAAAGUAAUGCCUCCAUGGUGCACUAUGCCACAUUAUCAAACAUUAGGUCAAUAGAAACAGGAGAAAAUGUUCCUCGCUCUUGGUUUCUAAAUUUUAAUGUUAACUGUUGGUCUCUGUUACAAAGGAUUUGAAGAC